AUGUCGGUGCCGGUGUCCGCGAGCACCCUGCCCAUGCGGCUGCUCCGCAGGAAGAUCCACAAGCGCAACCUGAAGCUGCGGGAGCGCAACCUGAAGCUGCGGGAGCGCAACCUGAAGCUGCGGGCGGCCGAGGCGGCAGUGCCCGCGCCCGGCGAGGCGGCGUCGCAGGGCCCCCCGGAGGAGGAGGAGUUGGAGAAGACGGCAGCGGCCUCCGAGGUGGACGCGGCCUCGGAGGGCGCGGAUGCUGCCGGCCCCCGCGGCGCGGAGGUGAAGAGGAGGAAGAAGAAGAAGAAGAAGAGGAAAGCGGCGGCGGAUGCGGAAGGUGAUACAGAAACUAAAAAAGCAAAAACUGAAGAAGAUGAAUCUCUGGAGGUAGAAGAUGAAGCAAAGAAGGAUUCUGGAGAGAAAGUAGAAGAGGAUGAGGGGGGGGAGGAGGAGGAGGAUGAAGUGCCCAGUUUACCACUAGGUGUAACAGGUGCUUUUGAAGACAAUUCAUUUAAUUCUCUGGUUGGUCUUGUCAGUGAGAAUACACUGAAAGGCAUAAAUGACAUGGGUUUUACACACAUGACUGAAAUUCAGCAUAAAAGUAUUAAGCCACUUCUGGAAGGCAGGGAUAUUUUAGCAGCUGCAAAAACAGGCAGUGGCAAAACACUUGCAUUUCUUAUUCCUGCAGUAGAGCUCAUCUACAAGCUAAAAUUCAUGCCUAGAAAUGGAACAGGUGUUAUUAUUCUUUCUCCUACUCGAGAGCUUGCUAUGCAAACCUAUGGAGUUCUGAAAGAACUUAUGAAUCAUCAUGUUCACACCUAUGGUCUGAUAAUGGGAGGCAGUAACAGAUCAGCAGAAGCACAGAAACUUGGAAAUGGAAUCAACAUCAUUGUAGCAACACCGGGAAGACUGCUGGAUCAUAUGCAGAACACUCCAGGUUUCAUGUAUAAAAACUUGCAGUGUUUGGUAAUUGAUGAGGCGGAUCGUAUCUUGGAGGUCGGAUUUGAAGAAGAAAUGAAACAGAUCAUAAAACUUCUACCAAAGCGCAGACAGUCAAUGCUUUUUUCUGCCACACAAACCAGAAAGGUUGAAGAUCUGGCAAAGAUCUCUCUGAAGAAAGAGCCACUAUACGUUGGGGUUGAUGAUAACAAGGAGACAGCAACAGUAGAUGGUCUUGAACAGGGGUAUGUAGUGUGUCCAUCUGAAAAAAGAUUCCUUUUGCUCUUCACAUUCCUCAAGAAGAACCGGAAGAAGAAACUAAUGGUAUUUUUUUCUUCAUGUAUGUCAGUGAAGUACCACUAUGAAUUACUCAACUAUAUUGAUCUGCCUGUUCUGGCCAUUCAUGGCAAACAGAAACAAACCAAACGUACUACAACGUUUUUUCAGUUCUGUAAUGCAGAAUCUGGAAUACUGUUGUGCACUGAUGUAGCUGCCAGAGGAUUGGAUAUUCCUGAAGUUGACUGGAUUGUCCAGUAUGACCCUCCAGAUGAUCCAAAAGAAUAUAUUCAUCGUGUUGGUCGAACUGCCAGAGGCAUAAAUGGUAGAGGACAUGCUCUGCUCAUUUUGCGACCAGAAGAAUUGGGCUUUCUUCGUUACCUAAAACAAGCCAGGGUUCCAUUAAGCGAAUUUGAAUUUUCUUGGUCAAAAAUUUCAGACAUCCAGUCUCAGCUGGAAAAACUGAUUGAGAAGAACUACUUCCUUCACAAGUCGGCCCAGGAAGCAUACAAAGCUUACAUUAGAGCUUAUGACUCCCAUUCUCUGAAGCAGAUCUACAAUGUCAAUAACCUGGAUCUUCCCAAAGUCAGCCUUUCCUUUGGUUUUAAAGUUCCUCCGUUUGUUGACCUCAAUGUGCACAGCAAUCAUGGCAGAAGACUACAGAAAAGAGGUGGAGGUGGGGGAUUUGGUUACCAGAAAUCGAAGAACGUCCACAAAGCUAAAAUCUUCAAACAUAUUAGCAAGAAAUCAGACAGUCGACAAUUUUCUCGUUAAUCGUACAUUCAUUAAAAUGGCUUGUGGCAUUGGAAUAGACUACCUUGAUCAAAACCAUCUGGCAAUUACUUCCAAUUUAAACUGCUCUGCUCACAUUUGUCAGGGUCUUUAUGGUUUUGUUUCUAGGAGCAUCUUUUAUCUUUCAAUUCAGAAAGACUCUGGAAGGGAGACUAAAAAUAGGAAAGUGGAAUAUGGCCAGCUAGUUUUGCGAUACUUGUAAGGAAAAAAGAUAGUUGAAUAUUUUAAGUCAAUUAUAUGGAGUUUUUUAUUAAAGACAAAAUACUGGUUUUAUAGGAUAAUUUGCUUUACAUUUACCCUUUUUUCUAUGCACACCUCUACAGAUUGUUGGAGUAGACAACGCAAGAACAGAUUGCAGUGAAAUAAAAAAAAAAUCUUGCUCACAUGAAUCACUGCAUGGGUCUUUAGUACUUCAAAACUCUGGUUUGUCCAUCUGAUCUGCUGAAGAACAUAGAAAGUUUUCUUUAAAACAGAACAUAUCUGUGAAUAACUAAGGCUAUAUGAACAUGUGAUUAAUUUCAGUCAUGGUAUCUGUAUAACGAGUAUAGUGUCCCAACAUUGAAAAAAAAAAAAUCCCUUAUGUCACAUCUGGGAUAUAUUUAGUACUGUUUCUUGUAAUGUUGUGAUAAAAUGGUAACAUGCUAUUUGAAAUGU